GACAUGCCUCAGCAAAGAUGGGUCCGGCUUUCCACAGAGAAGCCAACGAGCACCGUUUAUGUGCUGGGCACAGAACUCUCCCUGGAUGUCUGUGGGUCGGCCCCUGCAGGUGCUGAUGCUUUCCAUGUGCACAAGACACUUGGAGUCAACUAUGUUGUCCACGAUGCCAACAUUUCAAAGAUCUCUUCUCAGGUCCCCAGGUGGCCCCUGGAUGUCAGGGUGGAGGUGAUGGUGACCAUGAAUAAAUCCAGCUGGAGAGUGAACGAUGGGAAGGUCACAGUUUCAUAUUCCAAGGCCAAUGAGGAGACACCCCUGGCCACAGCUGUGCUCCAGCUCACCUGUGUAGAGAUUUCCCUGGAUGCAGAUUCAAGCCGCUCGGGAACUGUGACAAAGAGAGUUGCCAAUAAGAGAACGUGGACCUGGGGCCCGGAAGGCCAAGGAGCUGUCCUCUUGGUGAACUGCGACCGAGAAAGGCCCUGGACAAAGGGGUUGGACUAUCAGGAUGAAAAAGUGGAAUCGGAAGAAGACCUCAAAGAUAUGUCCGUUAUGAUUUUGACAACUCGAGGACCUGCGGAGAUCUUCAAGAAGUACCAGCUGGUUCUUCAUGUCUCAGCAUCCGAGAAUGACAAAGUGAGAGUCUUCCAUGCCCAGGAGGGAAGGGAGGUGAGCCACUGCAAGGCAGUGCUGGGGCCCAGGCAGGCCUCCUACGAGGUGAAGGGCUGCAGAGACCAGGAGGCUGUUUUCUACGUGGAGGGGCUGGCCUUCCCAGAUGUCAACUUCUCAGGACUGGUCUCCUUCCACGUCACGCUGCUGGAGAACCCGUCAGAGAAAUUCCCUGCAACUCCCAUUUUCAGCGAUUCUGUGGUUUUCCGCAUUGCUCCAUGGAUAAUGACCCCCAAUACCCUGACACCGAGAAACGUGUAUGUCUGCAGCAUUAGCGACAGUGAUGAAUUUGUGGAUGACGUGGUGAGGCUUGCCGAAAGCAGAGGCUACAACUGCUUGGUGGCAGCUGUGGAAGAACAGCACAGGGAGCGCGAGAAUCCCAGCGUCGUGGCCGACGUGUGCAGAUUGGUCAGGAAGACCAAUGACAGGGACUUUGUGGUGGCGGUGAGCAAGCUGGCCAGGGAGAGCAAGAACACAGACUUCGUGAGUGCCGUGAAAGAACUGGCGCGCAAGGCUGGCUGCGCUCUGGUUGUCUGCGAAGGAGAGAAAAACCACGGGGACCGCUGGAUCCAGGAUGAGAUGGAGAUCGGUUACGUGCAAGCGCCCCACAAAGGGUUCCCAGUGGUCUUCGACUCCCCUAGGAACAGAGAGCUGAAGGAUUUCCCCUGUAAAGAACUCUUGGGUCCAGAUUUUGGUUAUGUGAAACGAGAGCCGGCAAUGGAUGAGGUUGCCUCACAGCUGGACUCCUUUGGGAACCUCGAGGUCAGCCCUCCGGUGACUGUCAGGGGUCAGCAUUACCCCCUGGGGCGCAUCCUCAUCGGCAGCUACAUCACCAGGGCAGAAAACAGAGAGAUGUUUAAGGUCGUCCGGGACUUCCUUUAUGCCCAGAAGGUGCAGGCUCCUGUGGAGCUGGAUUCGGAUUGGCUGGUUGUGGGGCACGUGGAUGAGUUCCUGACUUUUGUCCCGGCUCCUGAUCGACAGGGUUUCCGGCUGCUCCUAGCCAGCCCCAUCGCCUGCUACAAGCUGCUGAAGGAGAAGGAGCAGGAGGGCUUUGGGGACGCUCUCAUGUUUGAAGGGAAACUGGAUUUUUGUGAUCAGGUCAAAAUAAAAAGUAUCCUGGCUGACCAAGAUUUGAAGAGCAGCAAUGAGUAUUUCCAGAAAUGCAUCGACUGGAACCGAGACGUCCUCAAGGAGGAGCUGGGGCUGACCGAGGAAGACAUCAUUGACAUCCCCCAGCUGUUUCUGCCCGAAGAUCCUUCUGGCAAAGCUGCUGCCUACUUCCCGGACAUGGUGAACAUGCUUGUCCUGGAGAAGCACUUGGGCAUCCCGAAGCCCUUUGGCCCCAUUGUGAGCAGAGAGUGUUGCUUGGAAAAGGAAGUCCGGCGGCUGCUGGAGCCCCUGGGCUUGUCCUGCACCUUCAUCGAUGACUACAAGUGCUACCACCAAAAGCACGGCGAAGUCCACUGCGGCACCAACGUCUGCCGGAAGCCUUUCUCCUUCAAGUGGUGGGACAUGACGAUGCCCGGUGUUUAA